GUUUUGGUAGCUAUAUAAUCAGCCAUGGCUGCCUCUGUUGGGUUCCUCGGCGUGCUUAUUAUACCAUUCCUCCUGCUAGGACUUUUUGAUAUGAUAAGAGUCAUGACUACAAAAUCCAUAACCCAAACAGCCACCUUCCAGCUUCCUGGCAUUGGGCGGCGAGGUACAGGUAUCCUAGUCGGGCACAGUAUCACCCUCAAUCCCGAUGCUGGCGCGCACGACAUGAACGAGCCUCGCGAGGCCUGGGCUCUCAAAUCUGGCCUAUACACCCCACGACAACUCGUCGAGAGCUUUGCUCCCCUGCUUGAUACUGUCGUCCUUCGCCUGGGCCCUGACCCUCCCAACGUGCGAUCGUCGCGAUGUCAGUUGUUGGACAACCUUGCUGCGAACCUGGACACCAACACUCGAGAAGCGUCCAUGCGUUUCCCCAAUGAAGACCUUGACGACUCACGCACAGAGAUCGCCGACCAAGCCAGGGGGAUUGGUAAGACGCUGGUGCAAUACGCGCGCAGCCACACUGGUGCUGUUGUCAAUCCCGACCUGUACCUCCGCAGUCCAUGUGAAGGGCACCUGCUCACGAAGCCGAAUGUUGAUCUGAUGUUUGGUCCUCGCAGCGAGCCACACCUGAUGCAGCUGUUCAACGAAUAUAUGCACCAGAUGGUACUUCUUCGCGACGCCCUCAUCCCUUUUAAAAACUACGAAGACGUUGUUAUUCCUAUUGAUGGCCAAGCCGCCCGGGGUAUGCGCUACCUGGAGCCGAGCCGUUCUGAAUUCCUCGUCCAGCUUUGGACUAGACAAGUGUCACAGUCGGCGGUUGUGAAGCUCGCACAGGCCCUUCUGGCUCCGAGCAUUCUAGCUCAGAAUUCGAGAACCACCUCAGGAUACGGUUUCCAGUACGCACAUGGCCUUGUCCUCCCCGCUGUUCUCGCUGGAGGGGAGACCCCGUUUCAUCUACUCCAGUACAUUGCAGCUCGGCUAGUUGAGGAUGCAACCAAUGAUAUUCUCUUCGACUACGAAAUGCAGGAUUACUACUCUGCCCGCCGCAUGGAAAUUUCUGGAGCUGCAGCUACCCAGGCUCCGGCUUCUUACCCGCCAGGCACAGAGAGUCCUGCUGUGCAAAGGGCCACUAUCGAAAUUCGGCCAGCGGUGUCUGACUCAGACUCGCCAACAGUCCCAAGUCGACAUCUGGAACUCCGUCUGGAGCUGGAUAAUGGCCGGUCAAUUUCCGUGGACGUCGGCCAAGUUUGCCGCGGCCAUCGCUACGCAUACAUUGCACACCAGGCGUCUUCCGCAUCUAUACCCGAAAAUGGCAUUCAAACUGGGACCGAUGACGCGAAAACAUCCGAUGUGAUUGUGCAUGAUGCUACCUCUGUCCUUCGGUCCGGGGAGGACGGCCUUGUCACUGCCAAAGGCGGGUUGCAUAUAAUCCCCGUCCAGGAUCCACUGGUCUCUUUGGCCCUAAUGGGGGUGCUCUAUCCUGAAAAUGUAGUGCUUCUCCCGAUGGAAGAGAGAUUGGAGCAAGCAGAGAAUUCUGGGAAGGGGCUGGAGCCAAAGUUUGUUCUCUGGGGUGGCGUGGAGAGGGGUGGGCUAAGAGGAAGAUUCCAAUAUUCUAUUCCUACUUGAUUAUAUUUUAAGAGAUUAUACACAAGUCAGACAGGCGUACGCGGGCUCAUCACUUUAUACAAGAACAAUAGUUCUACGCUAUCAGGAUACUCAAUAUCAGGGAAGAAAGUUUGGCC